AUGCAGGAGAUCGCCGCCGCCGCCUCCAGGCGCUCAUACUCCUCUCGAGAAGGGAAUGGCGACGCCAGGGGCGGCCACCACUGCUGCCGCCAACCCCCCCCCCCCAACACCCAAUGCGAACGCUGCGCCCUUUGCCGUUCUCGUCGCUGUGACACACAGGAGGAACUGUACACCAACUUGUACAUCCACAUGGCCAAGGGCCUCUGGGAUAACCCUCAGGCCACCUCGGUGCUUGUCGAAGCCGCCAACAUGGCCCAGAAGCCCGACGUGGCUAAGAUCCCCGAAACCGAAGACGUCACAUUACCGGUUGCCCGCUUUGUGUAUCUAGCGAGCGCCUGUCUCGGCUAUCAGCAGGAUAAGGACUGCCUCACAGAUGCUGAGCCUGUGCGAGUUGAGUCGACUCGCGCUGUUCCCUUGCUGUCUACCGCCCUAGAUGUCUCUCCUGGUCACGGCAUUGGUAUGCUUCUCUACACCGCCCAAAGUACCCUCCCAAUUCGUUGCAAAGUUCAAGCAACCUGCGGUUUUCUCCCCAGCCGGGCCCACUCGAGAUCAGACGCACCCGCCUUGAUUCCGGGUCCCGUUGGUGUGAGGGGUCCGGCGAGGCCUUCCUCGGCCAGCUCUACCGCAUCUUAG